AAAGCAGAGAAAGCGGUAAACUGCUUCAAUUCGCGCGGAUUAAAAAUCGUUGAAAUAAAAACACACCAAUCUUCCACUGAUUAAAAACACUUUAUUGGAACACGAAGAAUAGUGCUUUACACAAGAAACCAAUCAGUCAACAUUAUGAGAAAUCCGUGAUAUUUAUGGACAUAACACUUUCGGCACCACAUAUUUGAAUUUCACGAAUCAAUUUCAUAGUUCCUCCAUCUACAACUUGUAAACAAACCAAUUUGUCAAAGAUAGAUUCGGACGAAUUAUGUAGCAGUGUAUUGAUUUUUUUCUCUAUUAGAGUGACUUUUAACACAUUUCGGCUAAUAUGUCACUUUUACUUCCAUUUUUGGAAGAAUGUCGGGAGUGAGUAUUGAACUCGUGAUCUCUGCGUGAGAGUGUCCCAAAAAGUGGAAAAAAACACGCAUAAUGGAGAAUAAAAAAACCAAAAAAAAUCAAUUCUCCCUCCUCCUGAACGUCAUGGAACAAAAUCCUGACGUGGCCAGAGGAUGUAAAGACGUUUCCAGGGAUUCAGCAAAUGCUUUAUGGGAUACAAUAGCGGAAUCACUGAAUAGUUUGGGUCCUCCCACACGAACUGUUACACAAUGGCGAAAAGUUUGGACCGACAAAAAGUUGCAAAUAGAACGAAAAUUGCAACACAACAAAAAAGAAAUGACGGCCAUCGGAGGAGGUCCUAAUACUCUACAUUCGUUCAAUGAUUCAGAGGACAGAAUUAUUCGUCUCUGUUCUUUACAAACAACUGUGAACAAAGACGGACAUGUUUUCGAGAUCCAAUCAUUCGGAGUAACAGAUCCUUCUUCAUCCAUGGUGGCCGAAGAGAGUACACUUUCUGACAUAGAACCAAGCAUAAAGAUGGACGAAUCGUUUCUUGUUGAUGCAUUCCAUGAAAGCGGAACUGGGAGAAGCAAAUCGCCAAUGAGUGGCCGUCAACGAGGAACGAAGCGGCCCUAUAGAGAAACUCUUCUCGAGAAUCAAGCAGAAGAUCUUUCCAAGAUAGAGCGACAUGUCUCGGAUUGUGCCCGGUUCGCUCGCAAAUGUUACGAGUUGGACGAAAAACGGUACGAGCUUGAAGUCAAACGCUUGCGUUUAGAGGUGGAAAAAUAUAAUUGGGAAAAGAAAAUGAUGCUAGAGGAACAAAAAAAUAGAAAUUUGCAAUUAGAACUGAUGAAGCAGAUUCUCGAAAUUAAACGAACUUCUAGUGAUGAUAGCAGACAAGCUGAGAUAGCAGAGAUGAAGCAGAGUUCUAGUGACGACGAAUGAUGAUUUGAUUGUUUCUUAUUUUAAUUUUCCAUUCCACAACAUACACCAUUAAUACAUGUGUCACGUCACUGUAAAAAACAAGACUUUAUUUUCAAUAAACU